CCCUCAACGGGGGACGCGAGCUCCGGAGCGCUCGCGCCGUCCCGGGCUGCAAAAACGUGCGAACCCCCUCGGUCGCGCUUGUUGACGCGUCAGCUCCCGCGAGCGAACUACGUCCCACGCUCACUUUGGCAGACCCGGGCAUGUCCGCCCCCUGCGCGGACGUCGGCCCGGCCGUGCGAGACUAAGCGCGUCCGCCACCUCUUUGACGCCGCGUCGCGGCCUUCUAACGCGCACCCGAAGGUCCGAACACGCCCGCUUUCGCGCUCACUCGACGCUGGUUCGGAUCGAGCCAGCGGACGUCGCUUAGCCACAAAGUGUUGAGUUUAGCUGCCGGGGGGCGAGGGGGGGGGCACGUCACGAGCCCACCGACUCGCGUGGAGAUCACGGCUGUGUUGUGUGUUCCGUUAAAACAAUGUCUGCCGCCGCCGCCGCCGAGACGCCCCUGCCAGCCGAGUGGGAGGACGACGAUCGGAUGAAUUUCCUGUUCUCGGACUUCAAGGAAAACCGCGACGUGAACACGACGGACUGGGACAGCAAACUGGACUUCUGGACGUCCCUGAUCGUGCAGAACUGCAGGAGCCGCGGCACGGUGUGUGUCAGUGUGCAAGAGCUGAACAGGAUCUUCCGCAGAAAGGGGACCUGGCCUCUGGGUUUGGGGACUGUCAUUCAGUGCAUGGCCAGAUGUGGUCAGAUACAAAGAGAGUCUGAGUUUGCUGCCAACGUGGACUCUGGAUGGCUGUCCUGGGGUGUAGGGCUGCUGCUGGUGAAGCCUUUGAAAUGGACCUUCUCUACUCUUCUUGGAAGCGGUCGGGUGUCUUUGGAAGAAUCCUUCGUCGUUAUAGAGCUAGUGAAGGAGAAGGCGAGACAACUGCUUGAGGUGUACAGGAAGAGCGACUUCGCAAACAGCUAUCUCCUGUCCUUUCAAGAGCUUUGUACACUGACCUCCCAUGUUUGUGCUGAUGAGAGUACCUUGUGUAUGGCCCUGCUGCAGCUGCAGAGAGAGAAGCAAGUGACCGUCUUGUUGCAUGAAGGUGAAAAGAUUGUGAAGUUUUCUCAGCCUGGGCAGGAUCGUGUCACUCCAGUCAGUGAUGUGGAUGUGGGCAUCUACCAGCUUCAGCGCAGCGAAAAACUUCUCCGAGAGCGUGUGGAGGCACUGGGACUUGAAGCAGACAAGUGCAGAGAAGAAGCGAGGAUGCUGCUGCGGGAAGGGAAGAAAUCUCAGGCUCUAAGGUGCCUUAGAGGCCGCAAGAGGGUAGAAAAGAGAACAGACAAAUUGUUUGCCCAGCUGGAGACUAUAAGAGGAAUUCUGGACAAAAUUGCCCAGUCACAGACUGAUAAGAUGGUUAUUCAAGCAUAUCAGACUGGAGUAGCUGCCAUGCGACUCUCUCUGAAAGAUAUGACUGUGGAACGUGCAGAGAGCCUUGUCGAUCAGAUCCAGGAGUUAUGUGAUACUCAAGAUGAGGUGAGCCAAGUUAUAGCCGGUGGUGUGCCCAGCGCAGGGGGAGACACAGAUGAAUUGGAGGAGGAACUUAAAUCAUUACUGGAAGAGUCUAAGCUGGACGGCAUCUCCGGUUUACCCGAAGUUCCAUCAAACCGCCUCUCACCUGCUAGGGAGCGAAGUCUCCCAAGUAAUGAUCUGUUGAGUUUUUUGCCUCCUGUACCGCAAAACUACUUCGACAUCACUGAUGAGCAACUGGAGGAUGAACUGAAUCGCCUAACCCUCACAGAUUCAGGCUUUCAGCAGAGGAAAAUGACCUCGCCAACGAAAAGGCUGGAGCCUGCAAAGUAGCACUCGCAAGUGGUAAAAACAUUUGCCAAUAUGAGCGUCGAGUCAACACUUCAUCGACAUAUAUAUAUUUUAAGAGUCUUUAGAAGUUAAAACGGAAACUGUCUAGAAAGAGCAAAUUAGUAAAUGAGUAGUUAGAGGUUGCUCGCUUUAGGGGUUGCCAAAAACCAAGGCACUGCUCUUCCAUUUUUUGUGAAGAGGAAUCCCGUUAUCGUGGUGGCAUGCCCGAAAGGAGGUUACGUUAACAUGCUACUCAGAAUUUGCUGCCCAUUUUCAAGCCGAACUGUUAUCAAUUCAGAACAUGUAUGUUAACUUCUUUUUUUUCCCUUUUUUAAACAUGGUUGUUGGCACGGCACCAUGGUGGUUAACUUUUAAUUUUGUCUACUUUAACCAGAAUCUGAACAGCUGUUUUGUCUUUGUCCAGUGUGUUGAAAGCUGUGUGUAAGUGUGGAACACAGGUUCUUUAGCAGUGUGUUCUCAGUGGCCUUCUUAACCAUAAAUACGUCACUUAGUAACCCGUCAUGCCACAUCAAUCAUUGCCCUUACGAUCACAUAGGAUGGUGGUCGCUGUAAUGCCUCCGGGCGCUCGAGGGUGCACGUGAGUUCAACCAAAUAUGUUUCUCAAAAUAAAGUUUAUUUUAAUGA